UCGUUACUGCCGAGUCGUUGUCAAUUUGUGCGGUCCUUUGUCGUUAAUAAUCUGUGCGUACUCGCGGCAAUUGAAAUGCCUUUCCCUUCUCCGUUUGGUGAGGGGGGAUCGCGAUGGAAGAGCUUUCUAUGCACGGCCUAGGCCCAGCUUGUCAACAGGCACAAUAAAGGUGAAAAAUCGACAAUAUCAGCACUCCGACGCGACGGUCGUUCAAGUGGGGACCACGACCAUCGUUGCCAUCGCUGUACACGAACGAACACUUGGACGCUCGCCGACCACGGCAGUCAUGAAGGGCUUCUCUACGACAAUGGCAUUGCUGGGAGAGGAGAAUGGGGUUUCGCUUUCACAUAACCCAGUGAGAGAGAGGGAAAGGGGGCAGGAUGGGGAAGAGCAGGAGGAGGAGGAGGAAGGGAGGGGCGUCCGUCGAGUUGAUGAUGAGGUACGGCCGCGAAACCAGCGAGUGGGUUGGGCCGAGGAGUCGAGUCGCCGUCGCUCAAGACAUCUGGAUCUUCCAGAUGAGCAAGCGUCGGCGGCGUUCUUGGCCGGGAUCGGCGUUGUAAGUGGGCCUUCGGGAACGAUCUAUCCCUUCGUACGUGAAGGCGGCGGCGAUGUGUCCGUGGUACGCCCUCGUAGUUUGCUCUCCACGCAUCUUGGUGGCAUGUCGCCUUUUGCGUCGGCGACGUUCUCGUCAGGGCGGGAAGCGGCGGUGCAAGCAUCCGAGUAUGCGAAUCCAUCUUUUGCAGGUCCAUCCUGUUCCUCUUCGUUAUCUGGUUCCUCCUCCUUAUGGGUCGAGGUGGGGAAUAGGGAGGGGUUGGUGGUGGACGAUCAUACGACCUCUCCUUUGCCGGAUCCUAAGGGCAGCGUGCUCGUCGGCGCUAGAUGUGGUAGCCACACUAGCAACAGCAGUGUCCUCGUCUCUGGAUACGAAACAUGGCAGCCGCAAGGCUAUUCCGAGGAACGAAGUCAAAUACAUGAUGGUUCUUGUGGAGGAGGAGAAGGGUCCCGCUGUGGCCUGGACGAGCUGGGCGAGAGGGGUUUGGGGAACGGACGUGUAGCGAUGUGUCGACGGGCUGCGGUAGCAAUGGUGGGAGCAGAAGCAGCAGCAGGGGCAGGCAGUACAGCUGGCGUGAUGACUAAUCAGCCCGAGUCAGCUGUCGUUUCAGAAGGGGAGGGGAGGGAGAGAGGCGGCGAUGUGAGACGCAUAUCGGCGGGGGAUGGCAGAGAAGACGUGCGGGAGGACUUCUUGCGGAUGUCGUCAGCUCCUCCGGACAUGAGUAUGGGUGUUGAGCAAGGGUCCUUGCGGAGAGCCAGGGUUCCUUAUCGUGCUUGGGGGGUAGUGAAUCCAUCUGUGGGGGCUCCUGCGGAACAACGGCAGGAAGGGCGGAGACAUGACCUUGCCGGGCCGGGAAAGUUUUCUGGUGUCGGGGGGGAAUCGUCCACGGCAGCAGGAGGAGGAGGAGGAGGAGGAGGGGAUGGAGAUUGGACAACGGGUGUGGGGGUGAACGGCGGGAAGAUGAAUCGAUGCAGAGCGUUCAGUCAUCAUGGGAGAGGCGCAGGCGGCGGAAGUAACGGCGUCGGCGAGAUGGUGUCCUCGGGCAUAAGAGAGGUGUCGACGGCAACGGAGGCAAGGGGGGCAUUAAUGCCACACGGAGUGCUGGUUGGGUCGCCUCAGUCUCGGCCCUCUGUUAAUGUCCAUCACAAGAGAGUUAAAUAUCUCAGCUUAGGGAAGUCAAGAAUGGGGGACUGCUUUUUGUCAUCGCCAUCUUCGUCUCCUCCUACCUCGCCGCCUGUUGGCACCAGCUCAGUUUCUUCGCAGCCUUCGUCUCCUGCCAGCAGUGCAGAUGACAAUCAAUGGGAACUGGCGGAGGUCCCUGAGUGGGUCGCAGCGGCCAGCGCGAUGAGGGGAGGGGGAGGGGGAGGGGGAGGGGGAGGAAGUGACUGCAACGGGGUGGCGACGGGAAGCGGGAGGAUCGCGUCGAUGGCGAGGUCCACUGAAGGAGCAAAGGGAGGAGAAGGAAAAAGAGAGAAAAUGAAUGACCGAGCAAAAGGGGAUGUGAAUGGGAUGGGAGAUUUGAACGGUGGAGGGGUGGGAGAAGGUGGUGGUGGUGGUUUCGAUGGUCAUGGAGGUUGCAGAUGGGGGGCCGGUGAGGGAGGAGGUUGGGGUGGCGGCAACAGAAGGGGUACUGAGGAAGAGGUUUAUGACGACGGGGAGGAGAGCGAGGAGAUGUCAUCGGCAUCAACGAUGGAUAUCACGGAUGAUCUGCUGCACAAGGUGUUCUCGUUUCUCGAUUAUGUGGGGUUGUGCAAUGCAGCACGAGUUUGCAAGCAGUGGAGAAUUGCCAGCAGUCAUGAAGAUUUCUGGCGUACUCUCAAUUUCGAGAAUAAACGUAUUACGCUGUCUCAAGUUGUUCAGCUCUGUGCUAGGUACCCGAGGGCAACUACCCUCAACUUGAAAGGAGCAACCUGUGCGGACAACGAACAUUUUGUGAGAGAUUCCAUUCGAACGCUCACGCACUUGGAGACUCUUGUGCUUGGCAAGGGCAUAUUCAGCGAAUCCUUGUUUUGGCACAUAAGCACGGAAUGCCCGUCACUGAAACGGUUGAGCAUAACGGAGGCUGUUCUGGGAAGCACGCACGCACAGGAGAUUCUAGUCCGGCAUGACAGCUUGCAAGAGCUUCAGAUUGUCAAGUGCAGAGUAAUAAGGAUAGCAGUCAGGUGUCCGCAGCUGGAGUUCCUUUCAUUGAAAAGCACCUCUGCAGCUUCCGCAUCUUUGACUUGUCCGCAAUUGCUUCAUCUGGACGUUUCAAACUGUCACAAACUUCCGGAUUCCGGCGUGCGGGCGGCUGCCACACUGUGUCCGCUGUUGCAGGUUCUUGAUGUGAAAAGUUGCGAAAACGUCACAGAUGAGACACUUCGUGAUAUUGCUGUGGCAUGCCCUUCCCUCACCAAGCUUGAUGCGUCACACUGUCCCGGUCUUGCUCUUGAGGGACUGCGCAUGCCUAACCUUGUUGAGAUGAAGCUCGAGGGUUGUGAAGGCAUCAAUACUUCAUCCAUGACUGCCCUGGGGCACUGUGAGAUGCUUGAGACCCUGGUGCUCAACUACUGCUGGCUGCUGCAGUCGGUGACAUUAGACCUUCCUCGCCUGCAAUCAAUCAGCCUUAAAAGCUGCCGCAAGCUGAUGGAAGUUGCACUGCGAAGCCCAGCGUUGAAGUCAUUGGAUGUCACACAGUGCCAUGCGCUUCAUCGCAUCGACGUCACCUCAAAGACUGUUGAGUCGCUUGUUCUUAAGCACCAAACCGGCCUCGCCUCCAUGGCGUUAAGAUGUCCUCUGCUUAGGGACGUUGACCUCAGUAACUGCGAUGCGCUCACCAAUGCUGUCUUCGACGUCUUCAGUGAUUUAGAAGCUUGCCCGUUACUCUCUUUGCUGGUGCUUGACAGUUGUGAGGGUCUGACAGAAGUGAAGCUCUCGUCUUGUAAAUUAUCCUCUUUAUCAUUGGUCGGCUGCCGAAACAUUGCAUCUAUUGACCUCUCAUGUCAAUCGCUGGGUGCUCUUCAUCUCGACGGUUGUGAUCGGCUAACUGAAGCUAGGUUUUCCCCAGUGGGAUUGCAGAGUCUGAACUUGGGCAUUUGCCCGCACUUGGCAUCUCUGGUACUUAAUGCUCCUGAGAUGACUGUGCUGGACCUUCGUGGCUGUGGCACACUGAAGGAGGCUCACAUAACAUGUCCAAAGCUGACUUCCCUGGACGCGUCGUACUGCAGUCGUUUGGGAGACGAAAUGCUGGCCGCAACUGCGAGUGCGUGCUUGUCACUGCAGACCCUGGUUCUGGCUGCCUGUCCAGCAAUUGGAGCUGCAGGGUUGCUUGCUCUGAAGGGUCUUCCGGCGCUGAACACGCUUGACCUGUCUUACACGGAGAUACAGGAUCUGUCGCCUGUUUUUGAAGCGUGCCCACAAAUAAGAGUGCUUCGCGUAUCGGCUUGCAAAUGGCUUGACGAUGCCGCUCUUGCCCCACUCUACGAUAGCCAGGCGCUCAUGAACUUGAGAGAGCUAGAUGUCUCUUACUGCAACCUAAGUAAUGCUGCGCUCGGCAGUGUGUUGGCGCUAUGUCCCAGGCUAGUGUCUGUGAACCUCAGCGGGUGUGAGAACGUAACAGAUCUAGUGUGGGAUCGUAUAUCAGGGAGGCCACUUGCAUCGGAUUCCGAUGAUCUCUCGGAUGCACAGAUUGGGGAGGAGAUUGAGAAAAGGUUGACUUCAGAUCAAGGAAUUGCUUUGGAUCUUUACUCAGGGGAGAGAAUUCUUGAACAAGUGAGGUUACAGAGUCCAGCCCAGGAAGAUGAACCCGUGGUGGGCCUCCAGUACAUGGACAUCGAUGCAGCUGAGGCUUCUGAGAGAGAGGGAGAGGAUUCGGUGAUGUCGUCAGCUUGUGGAUCGAGGUAUCCCUUGGCAUGCGCGAGAAAGAUUGGAAAUGCAAGAGCGGACGUGGCUCAUUGCCAGCUGCUGGCUAAUGAAGAUGGGUAUAUGAGUCUAGACAGCCUGGACUUGAGUCCCGAUGUGCUUGGACCGGAGUUUGUUGGAACCGUCAGAACUGAUACGGAGAUCCUACGGCGUGCUGGCGAGCUCGGGAAACCAUUGAUGAGUGAUGACGAUUCAAGGGCUUUGCAGACGCUUAUUUGCGUUGGGUGCAAGUCAAUAAGGUGUGCUGUUGUUCUGGAGAAUGCGUCAUGCAACGACUUGACGUGUCUCAACCUUUCUCUCUCAAGGAACCUCAGGGAAGUGCGGCUAGCGUGCUCUAAUCUGCGGUCGCUUAAUUUGAGCAAUUGUGUCUCCUUAGUGACGUUGAAGCUGCAAUGCCCAAGAUUGACAAGUCUCUUUCUCCAGGCCUGCUGCAUUGAGGUUGAGGUUUUGAGACAGGCUGUGAGAUCUUGCGCUGCCCUUGAGACGCUGGAUGUCCGCAACUGUUGUAAGGUGACUCCGGCUGUGCUGACUCAUAUCAGGGAAGUUUGCCCUCAGCUGAAGAGACUCUACAACAGUCUCUCAGGUUAAUUGGCAGCCAUCGAAAUCCAUGCUGCAUCUCUCUGGCAAUGACAAUGGUGUAUCUGUCUGCCUGUGUACAUGGAAGGUAAUCUUUUCAGGAUUGUACUAAGCUACUAGAACAAUCUAGAGCUAUCAUCUCUUUUGGGUCUUUGAUCUGAAGAUUCUCCGGGAUGAGCGUCUUGGCCGAUUGGCAGGUGUUUCUCUGUCAAAGGUUCAGCGUAGCUACUACUGGAGAGUAGUAGAUGUUUUCAUCUAGGGUAGAGAGAAAGGGGCUGCUGAGCUUGUAAAAGUGUGUGGCUUGUGAAAGCGAAUACAUAACAAUUUCAUGUUUACGUCAUGUCUUCCUUCUUCUUUUGUUCUUCCAUCCUCAACCGCGGAAACAAACGGAAUAAACUCUGGCAGGGUGGCCCUUCUGUUUGAAGACCGGUUCCUGUGUUCAUUUGCAAACAGAGGGCUCUAUAUACAGGACUGUCAGCUCACGUACAACGCUCACAGGACUGGCACUUGGUGUCUGUGCCACAAGCAUCAGCUCACGUACGACGCGCACAGGACUGUCAGCUGAGUGCUAUUUUUAGUUUUUAUUUUUUAACUGUGGAUUCGAUCCUAUGCUGCUGUGGAAGGAAACAGUGCUUUGUUAAGUCCCCUGUUUUGGGGGCUGUGAUUGCACUGUGUUGAUUUUUGCUGCCCUUAAAGACUGGGAGCAUUGUCACAAGGCUCAAAUGGAACGUUGUAGGAAAAGCUUCUUCGCGAAGUGUGUUGUCAAUCGCUUCACUCUUUCCAUCACCUCUCCUGUCUCCCCCCCCCCAAAUCUCUCUCGUUCCUGCGCCGAGGUCAUUAGAGUUGUGCAGGAGUCUCCGAGCUCAUAGACGUAAUGGUCAUGCGUAGUUGUGUGUUCCCUUUCUUGUUGGUGCAGUGGUCUUGUAUUGAAAGGCAGAUGUAGGAAAGAGCACGGUGAGAAAAGAGUACCUGUAGAAAGCUCCAGAGGGGCUGAUAGCGGUGGACAUCGGACGACCUUGGACAACGAAGUGGAAGUGCUGAGCCUGAGUUGUCGCCAUCUGGAAUGUAUCGUCAAACCUUGUCUAUAGUGACUCAUUCCUAGUUAUCAUCAUUCUGCUAAGGUUGGUAGUUUAUUGUUGUGGAGAUAGUAUAGUGGUCUUUUGUUAUUCUUGGUACUCUGUUGGUUAUCGAAAGCAGCACAGAAUCCGUUGCAAGGAAGGUUUCCCACCCACAGCAAACAAUGUAGGAAAGAAGAAUGCUGACGGUGGAGCUACUGCUCGGUCGAUUGGUGUACGUGAGGCUCAUCAGAUUGUUAGGCACAGAGUUUAGGCUGGACGGAUGUCGUUUUCAAGAUGUGGUUUUCUUUUUUUUCGUUGUUGUUUUCGACUCAGGUUUUGCAUUUUCCUGCCUUUGUGUUAAAAAAUCCAAUCCAGGCUUAAUCGCAUUUGGCCUACCGUCGGCGUUAGUCGUGAUUAACCAAUUUUACUAGUACGAAAAGAGGCCAGCGGUGCAAGGUGAGGCCUCCGCUUUUAUCAAGUUUUAUGGGAACAACAGCUUUGUUUGCCAGGUCUAAACAAUCCACCAUGUCGUAGGCGGAAACAGGCAGAGAUGUUUCUCGCAAAGUUUGGACUGAGUUCUUACUGUCUGUCACCUGUGCAAAGCCGAUGCGUACGGAAGCCUGGAGGGCUCACUCUUUUGCAUUAGGUUGACAUAUAUGAUGGGGAGUUUGUAUCCCUCAUGUUUUUUAUUCCUAUAGAAUUCGACUCUCUGACUCUACGUUUGUUCUGUCUCUCUUUUUACCAGUACCGCUUUUUAUUCUUCUUUUUAUUCUUCGAAGCUGUCCUCUCUUCAUCAGGGGAUAGCUGUAUUUUUUGUCUCGAUGUUUUGCACUUCAGACCACCGGGGCAUUGGUUCCUCGAACGACCAGGACGUUAGUAGCGAAAAGACAAACGGGGCGCUCAUCAGGACAUCGCUAGCAAGGCCACUCUGUGCUGGGAAUA